AUGGGGGCAUCACUUUUUACUUUCUCCUCCACCUCAAGAAGAGUCAUCCCAGCUCCAAACUCUCCUCCUCUUCCCAUAUACAUCAAAGCCACAAAUGUCAUCUUCAACCCUGAUAUACCAGAUGUUCAUCGCGGUCUUGGACUUGAUGAUUUUGUCAAUUUUCUAGUAUCUUGCAGACUUCGAUAUUCUAUCAGUGAGUUUCCAUCAGAGUUCUUUCCCGAACAAGUAUGUGAGUUCUACUACACCGCAACAGUCAAUAAUGAAAACAACAUCAUCUCUGGCACUAUUGGGCGUGGCCGUCGCUCAGUUUUCAUCAACGCUGAUCUCCUCCGUACUGCACUCAGAUUACCAAUUUUUGAACCAUUCUCUGAGCUUCCAACUAUUGAAAGCUGUCGACACCUCUUUGACCAACUGGGCUAUGAUCACUCCAAGGCUGGUGCUCGACCAGCUCUCAUUCUACGUCAAUGUAUGACUCCUGGAUGGAAGUUCUUCACCGGGGCACUUUGUAAGUGUAUAGGCCACAAAUCUCGCAGUGGUGAUCAACUGAGUGCUUUUGAGCAACAAGUGGUAUGUUCACUUCUCCUCAACAAACGUGUUGAUUAUAGGGCCUUCUUCUUCGAUAAGCUUGUCCAACUUCUUCAGGCCAAUGUAAGAGCUGAUCAUGUUCCGUUUCCAUGCUGGAUUACUCUUUUCCUGGAUAAAUUUUAUGCUGAAGCCUAUUACUCACAUGCUGGAAACCCCAUCCAAUGCCCACGCAUGUUAGUACGAAUGUAUCAGGAUGAUCCACUAGCCAAUGGCAUCGUCAUCUCUAAUCGGAUGCGAGAAUGGAUCGUGAAUCCAUAUAUCGUUCCUUCACUAAACGCUGACACUGACGAAGGAGCUGCUGAUAACGACGAACUUAAUGCUGAAAUACAAGAAGGUGGUCAUAUCUCCCCUCAAAUUUCUCAUCAUACCAUUUAUGUCACUAAAAGGGUUCAUUCAGCUCAUGGGGAGUCAUCUGCUCAGGGGGAGCAACCACCAUAG